GAAGAGAAAGCUGUCCACAAAGAAAAGAAGAAGGAGAUAGUAGAGGAUGAGGAAAAUGGAGCUGACGAGGAUGAUGAAGAAAAUCCUGAUGAUGUGGAUGAAGAAGAAGGUGGUGAUGAGGAUGAAGAAGCAGAUGAGAAUGGGCAAGAGCAGGAUGGCCACGCAGAGAAACGAUCUGCAGAGGAGGAGGAGGAUGAAGUGGAUCCAAAGAGACAGAAGACAGAAAAUGGCUCUUCAGCUUGAGUCCUCCCCUCCCGUCUCCUCUGUUCCGUCCAUCUCUCCUCCUCCAUUCCAGCCUGUGCUUGCACUUCCCAUUAGCCUCUGGCUUCACACAAUCUCAGAUGAGGAAAGAUUAGAAAUGCUCUCAAACGGGGAAGACAGCAGUUCCCUCCUCACCCGGAGACCUAACCCGUCCAUGACAUUCCCCAGCUGAAGUUCCCCAGCCCCCUGUGUCCCUUCACCGUGCCCUGCUGUGCUCCUCUUCCCUCGAGAAUCUCGUGGCUUCCCGGG